AUGAUUUUUUGUGUUUUUCUAAUUAUCUGCUUAUGGUAUCAAACAGAGUUGGACAUGGUGGGAGUUGAGAAGAGGAAUCUUGUCGCUCUCCUGCGACUUGUCGUAAGAGAUGUUAUCGAGUCCUCCAUGAAACUUGGCCGAAUGCUUGACUCUGACCACAUACCCCUCCAGCAUUUCCUGAUUGUGAUGGAACACAGCCUGAAACAUGGACUGAAGAACAGAAGGGGGCUGCUUGGUGGGAGAAAGGAAUUGUGGGAUGUUCUGCAGCUGCUGGAUGGUAGGACCCUCAUGGCCACUGAGACCAUCUCCAGUGUCAGACAGUGCCCCACUGUCAGGACAAAUGCAGGUCGGUCGAGGGUGUGGUUGCGCCUGUCCCUGAUGCAAAAGAGACUUGCAGAGUAUGUCCAGAUGCUUAUGGACAUGAGAGACAAGCUGCAAUCUGAGUACUAUGAACCUUGUGCUCUGAUGAUGACUGACGAUGCCAUCGCUGUCCAGGGGCUCCUCCUUGGACUCAAUGUCAUCGAUUCAAAUCUCUGUGUCAAGGAAGAGGAGCUGGAUGUGGAGUGUGGGGUCAUGGACCUGACAGGGUAUCUGAAGAGUCAGCAUGAGAGUGUGUUCAACGAUGUUCCCCCGGAUUCUCCCGACAUGGACGUCGUCCUAGACCAGAAGAACUACAUUGAGGAGCUCAACCGACAUCUCAAUUCCAGGGUGACAAUUCUCCAGAAGAAGGUGGAGACAUUGACAGAAGCCAAUGCACAGCUCAAGGAGGAGCUGGCCAGGACAAGGGCAACCAGCUUCAACUUUCAGGAUGAAGUUGAGGGACCGAAGCAGUCACAACUCCGACUGAUGCCUGAUGUGCAGCUGGAGAGUCCCCAGGCCACUGAGAAGUGCAUUCAGGACCAGACUCCGAGUGCAGGAGAGGAACUGACGAAGAUGAGGGAGAUGUUGGAGGAGGCCAGGCGGGAGAAGGAGACCGUCUCGAAGGAACUCGAGAUCCAGGUCCUCAUCGUUUUGGUCACAUUAUUUGGUCUCACAAUGAGGAUGAAGACUGAGAUGGGGACAGCCAUGAGGCUGCUAGAGAAGGACAUCCACGAGAAGCAGGACACCGUCGUUUCCCUCCGUCGUCAGCUGGACGACAUCAAGAACAUCAAUCUGGAGAUGUAUCGCAAGCUCCAGGAAUGCGAGACGUCGAUGCGGAGCAAGAGCGAGAUCCUGGGGAAGCUGGAUGCUGCUAAUGCCUCCCUUGCCCUCCAGCUCCAGUCACACGAGGCCCUGAUUUCGGAAUUGGAGGAGAAGCGAGUAGCAGGGGAGGAGGAAUGCCGGAAGUUGGGUCUCCGCCUGGCAGAACGAGAACGACAAUGCGCCACGCUGGAAACGGAUCUGAAAGUGGAACGAGAGUGGAGACAGGCGCUGCAGGAGUCUUCCGUGAAGGACCGGGACAGGGCGGCCGACCUCCUCCGUCUGAACCAGGAGCUGCAGGUGAAGCUGCGGCAAGCGGACGACGUCGCGAAGACGCGCGGGGAACUCGAGACGCAGGUGCACGAGUACGAGAAGGCCCUGGAGGAGAUGGGGAUCCACCUGCAGGAGAGCAAGUUGAAGGUGGAGGAUCUCCGCGAGGCGUCGCAGGCGUUUCGCUCCGCCCAGUGGGCCUCCGACAAGGACGCCACCCACUGCCGCUCGUGCGAAAAGGAGUUCAAUCUCGCGCGGCGAAAGCACCACUGCCGCUUCUGCGGGGAGAUCUUCUGCAAGGCGUGUUCGGACAACACGAUGCCGCUGCCGUCCUCGGCCAAACCGGUGCGGGUGUGCGACUCGUGCCACGCGCUGCUGCUGCAGCGGUUCUCGGCGCCGUCCACUCGAUGA